AUGCAAAUUUUGCGUGUCGUUCCUCUCUGUCGCCAGAUUUCGUGCCUCCCCGCCGCUCUUCGUGCGAUGUCCGAGUUAAAAGGAACUAGCAUCAGCAAAAGCGAGCUCAAGCGCCAAAUGAAGAUGCAGAAGAAGCUGGAAGAGAAACUACUCAAGGAAACUUCUGCGGCACCUAAGACAAAUAGCGCGCCUAAUACAGUUCAAAAGGAAGACGAUCUUGAUCCUACAGUUUGUCGAAUCCACGCCAAACGUGAAUCUGGCUCAAAGUUAAUAUUCUAUGACAUAAUGGCGGAGGAUCACCGUCUGCAGGUGAUGGCGAAUGUCGCAUUCUACAAGAGCGAAGAUGAUUUCUUAAAAAUCAAUAAUAUUUUACGUCGUGGAGACAUACUUGGAUGUAUUGGGAUACCAGGUAUAUUUAUUUAA